AUGGAUGAAGAUGAUGAAGAUAUGUAUGAUCGACUAGAAGAUAUGAUCUGUGAUAUUGGAGAAUCGUCUUAUACGAAAGCCCAUAUUUAUGAUACUUUAUGUAUCUAUGAAGAUGUACCUUUAUAUAAGAGGUGCACCAGUUUUACAAGAUUGUUUGCGUUGUUAAAAUUGUUUAAUCUAAAGGAAAAUGAAGAUAACAAUUUGUCAGAUCGUUGUUUUGAGGCCAUUAAGAUAUUGUGUCCAAUGGGUUUAGAGUAUGUCAAAAUACAUGCAUGCCCUAAUGAUUGCAUAUUAUACAUGAAAAAGUAUGAAAAUUUGGAUAAAUGUCCAAAAUAUGGUGAGUCACACUACAAGAUGAAGAACAACAAUGGUGAUGACAAUAACAUUGUUAGUAAGAAGCGGCCUUCUUCUAAAGUGUUAUGGUACUUGCCAAUAAUUUCAAGCUUAAAGAGACUUUUUGCUAAUACGAAUGGUGCAAAGAAUGUUAAAUGGCGUGCAGAUAAAAGAAAAUAUGAUGGAAACAUUUUCCAAGUAGCUUAUUCUCUACAAUGGAAGAAAACUGAUUCAUUGUUUCCGAAUUUUGGACUUGAGCCAAGAAACCUUAGGGUUUGGCUUUCCAUAGGUGGAAUAAACCCCUUCGGUGUUGGUGUUGGUGUUGAUGAUGUAUAUUCUGGUGAAAAGUUUAAGAUGUGUGCAAUGUUAUUUUGCACAAUCAACGACUUUACUGCAUAUGGUAAUUUGACUGGAUAUAGUGUCAAAGGACAUAAAGCAUGUCCUAUAUGUGAAUAUGAUACCUGUUUUCACCAGUUUGAGUUUAGAAAAAAUACAUUUUUCCUUGGGCAUCAAAAAUUUCUAAAACCCUAUAAUUCUUAUCGUAGAUUGCAGGAGGCUUUAAAUAGAGAGCAUGAGUUUGAAAGCGCUCAUAAACCUUUAACUGGUGAUGAAGUUUAUCAACAAAAAGAACACCUUAAUGUUGACUUUGGAAAGACUGAAGACGGUCCCGUUGAGAGAGAUAUUUGGAAAAAUAGAUUGGUGUUCUUUGAUCUUUCAUAUUGGUCUAAACUCGAUGUAAGACAUUGUCUUAAUGUGAUGCAUGUAGAGAAAAAUGUGUGUGAUAGUUUGAUAGUAACACUUAUAAACAUUCAAGAUAAGACUAAAGAUAAUAAAAAUUCUCAUUUAGUCAUGGUGAAGAUGGGUAUACGACAACAAUUAACUUCAGAAGAUAGAGAAAAAAGAUCUUAUUUGUCACUGGCAUGUCACACUCUAUCUAAAAAAGAAAAGAAAAGUUUUUGCGAGUGUUUUCCUGGUACCAAAGUUCCUGAAGUUUACUCUUCAAACAUCAAGAAACUUGUACCAAUGAAAGAUCUCAAGUUAAUUGGUUUAAAAUUUUAUGAUUGUCAUGUCUUGAUGCAACAACUUCUACCAGUGGCUAUCCAUGGCAUCCUUCCAAAAAAUGUAAGAGUAACUAUAACCAGACUGUGCUUAUUCUUCAAUGCUAUAUGUAGUAAAGUUCUUGAUUUCAAAAAAUUAGAUGACUUGGAAGAAGAGACUGCAAUAAUAUUGUGUCAAUUAGAGAUCUAUUUUCCUCUAUCAUUUUUUGACAUUAUGGUUCACUUACUUGUUCAUCUAGUCAGUGAAAUCAGAUUUUAUGGUUUAAUUUAUUUAAGGUGGAUGUAUCCUAUAGAGCAAUACAUGAAGAUAUUGAAAGGAUGUACGAAGAAUCAUCACCGACCGGAAGCUUCGAUCAUUGAAAGGUACACCACAAAAGAAGCUCUUGAGUUUUGUUCAGAUUAUUUGUCGGAAACAGAGUCUAUUGGAAUUCCAAAGUCUCAUCAUGAUGAUAGAUUUUAA